UAGCUUUUUUCCAACUCCAACCCGGAAUCCAGCCCCAGUUUUCUGUGUGCAUUUUUUUUUUUUUGGGGUUCUUCCGCACUUUAUUUCCUUGCUAGGUCUCUAUCCUUUCACUUCCCCCUCCCUUGCCUCGUAUUUAUCCCCCCCCCUCUCUCUCUCUCUCUCUCUGUAUGUGUGUAUAUAUAUAUAUAUCUCCUCCUCUUUCUCUCCUGGUAUUUGGACCCAAUCCAGGGGGUUAGAAUGAUGAGAAUAGCGUACUGGUUAGCGGAGCAUCCGGUCAUCGUGGGCUUCCGGUGGAGCCACGCCCAGUCCUGGGGCUCCACCUGGUCCUUCCUCUUCUCCGCCAUCGCCCUCUAUCUCUCCCUCUCUCUCUUCCUCCACCUCGUCCUCCACCUCACCGGUCGCCGCCGCCCCGUCCCCCUCGGCCCCCUCCCCGCCAUCCACUCCCUCGCCAUGGCCCUCGCCUCCGCCGCCAUCUUCGCCGGCAUCCUCCUUUCCUCCGUCGCCGAGAUCCGCGACACCCGCUGGUUCUGGCGCCGCACCAAGACCACCCCUUUCCAGUGGCUCCUCUGCUUCCCCAUCGGGACCCGCCCCGCCGGCCGAGUUUUCUUCUGGUCGUACGCCUUCUACCUCUCUCGGUUCCUCCACCUCCUCCGGACCUUCUUCGCGAUCCUCCGGCGACGGCCGCGGGCGCCGGCGAGGCUCUUCAGCCACUCGGCGCUGGUGUGCAUGUCCUUCCUCUGGCUCGAGUUCUCGCAGUCGUUCCAGGUGGUGGCGAUCCUCUCGGCGACCCUGGCGCACGUGGUGGUCUUCGGGUGCCGGUUCUGGGUCGGGGUGGGGCUGCCGGGCGCCGCCGCCUCGUGCUUGCCGGCGGCUGUGGUGGGCUGCCAGGUGGCGCUGCUGGGGUGCAACCUGGUGUGCCAUCUGGGGGUCCUACUGCUCCACCUCUCCAAGGGAGGCUGCAACGGGAUCGGUGCGUGGGUGUUCAAUUCGGUGCUCAACGCCGCGCUGCUCGUCCUCUUCGUCGAUUUCCACGUCAAGAGGGCGGUCGGUAGGCGGAAAGGUCUCCCCUUGGACGACGAUUACGGGAGCGUUCAUUGCCACCCGACUAAUAAUUCCGGAUCUUCCGAGCCUAAUAACGAGCAAUGAUUACGCAUGGAACAACGAAUUUGGCUCUUCUUCUCCUUCCUCUCCUUCGUAUUUGUUUAGAGGAUGGAUCAUGGAUGACAUCACUGUAUGAGUAAGUAGCAAGGGAGAGGAUGAUACUAUAUUUUCGGAGAAGUGAAGGAGAAAGGUGCUUUUUUUUUUGUAUGAUACAUUUCGUAGAUUCGCAUACAGAGAGAGGGUCUGUUUUUCUCUCU